AUGUCUGCCGCUCGUCGACCUCCGCCCGCUUAUGAUUCCGCCCCGGACUCGGGGAUCCAUGCGACAUCGCAGCUUUACCAAACGAUCUCCAAGACCGCAUCCGAUCCUGCCGCACGAGUCCCCAAAGACUCAUUUACCAUCCGACCAUGUUCGGGACAGGCAUGGGUUGUGCCUGCCGGUCACGUCUGCCGUCUGACCACGCCCAAGGGGCCGCAAGUCGGUGAUCUGAAUAUCUGGAACGCGAACAAUCCGCGGGAACGAAUGUGGGCUGCGCGUACCCGACAGAUCCACGCUUCUCACGUCUCCGUGGGUGACCGCCUCUGGUCCAAUCUACCAUAUCUUCGUCCCCUGGUGAGCAUCACAGGUGACUCGCUAGGUGGCGGGCAGUUGCAUAAUGUGCUGGGCCCAGAUGGGAAGCGGAAAUCAGAGGUGGUGUUUGGAACUACGCAAUUUGGCGGCCGAGUACAUGAUUUGCUGGGUACUCGCUGCGACCCCUACGUGAAUCUCCUGAUGGGCGGCGAGACAUUUGACUUCCAUUGCCAUUCCAAUCUGACCCGAUCGGUGGCUCCCUACGGAUUGACCGAGCUUGAUGUCCAUGACGUGUUGAACGUGUUCCAGGUAACCGGGCUGGACGAGGAAGGAAGAUACUUUAUGGAGACCUCCCCCGCGAAGCCAGGAGAGUAUUUUGAGUUCUUUGCCGAGGUAGAUGUUCUUUGCGCGCUAUCUGCGUGCCCUGGCGGUAGGUUCCACCCCCAUCGGACUGCAGCGGAAAAGCUACUGACCACAUUGGCAGGCGACCUUUCGAACUGGGGAUGGGACGACAAGGAGGGUGGUAUGGGCGCCACUUGCCGGCCACUGGGAGUCGAGGUGUAUCAAUUGGCGGACGAGAAGAAGAUCCUGGAUGGGUGGAGGGCCCCGGAGAGCCCAGCAUACAAGGGGAUGCACGGAAUGAGCAUGCCUCCACGCGAUCAAGAUGGCUAUGUCGGACUGUAA